AAGUGACUUGCCCAACGUCACCCAGCAGACAAGUGGCGGAGCCAGGAGUAGAACCCUUGACUUUCCGACUGCCGGGCCCGUGCUGUCUCCGCUAUGCCGUUCUGCUUCUCUACCUCUCCGACAACUUCUCCUCAGUACGGUACUUCAGCCUCUGUUUCGUUUGAGAUCUGAAAACCCUCUCACCUUUCCCAAGAAGGAAACCGGGGUCCGCGUGGCACUGCUCCGAUGAGAAACUGAAGCCUUCGGACACACUUUCCAAGAGAUGUGACGAAGAGUCAUCCCCCGGGAGCGAUUCACCUCUUCCGCGACGGGAAGGGAUUUGGCCGUUGGGAUCUCCCUCCCAGCCCCGUGUGUCACCCCGGUCAGUUCAGAACCUCCCCUUCCCGAGUCGCCCCCGGCUCGUAGACAUCCCUCUCGGCUUGGGAGCCCGGGGCUCUUGGCGACGGGCGAGAUGGAAGCCUUGGAAGUGGACGACAUCAGCCCAGCGUUGGAAGUCACGGAGGAUUUCUUCAGUUGUUUUGAGACGAAGCUCGAAAAAGCCGUGCAGCAGGAGGCGGUGUAUGGAAUUCAGGAAGUCCCAGAGUUGGUCGGACGGGGCGGACUCAACGGGAUAGCGGACGAGGGUGGCUCUGUCGGGACCCCUGUCACCUGGGGCCAGAGCGGCCUCGUCUGGGAACCCCGCCAGAACGGACUCUUUGAAAGCAAAACUCAGAAUGCUUUCCCGGCCAAAGAGCAGCCGGGAAUCCCCAGGGGAACGGCGCCAGAUCUCCUCUCCUGGAUGGAGCGGAAGGAAACGCCCGCCUUCAACUUCUUCAGCAUCGGUCAGCGCCGGAAGGACAGGCCUCAUUCAGUGAAUGACGUGCUGAUGACCAGGGAGGAGCCGGCCCCUUUCAAACCGGGACACGUCCGCUCACGGUCCGACGUCACCCGGGUGGACUGGGGUGGGAUCCUCAGAGAGACACCCCUGCAGAGGCCAUAUAAUCAGGGGGCUCCCACCAACAGGUCACCAUUCUUCUCUCCGUCGCUGAGGAAGAGAGAGGACGCCCAGGGAAACACCGACCACAAAGACACAUUCCCCAACAUUCUGAAAAAAGGUUACCUGGACGUCAGAAAAGACCACGACAGUUACUGGCAGAGCUGUUACGCUGAACUCUCCCCAUUCCAGCUGGCCUUGUACCGCCUCGACUGCGGCGGCAAUCAGAAUCCCUCCGCCACCUACCCGCUGGCCCAUUUCCAGAGCGUCACGGUCUGGGGUCACCUGGAGACCCGGGUGGUGGAUGCCGUCCUGGCUGACGAUUCCCAGCUGCAGCUGCGGGCCGAGUCCCCGGGCGAGGCCCUGGAUUGGGGCCAGAAGCUCUGGGCUGGUGCCCGCGGGGCCGUCCUGGCCUACGGGAGCCAGCGGGAUGAGCCGGAGGACUCGCCGGCAUUCCUCCGGAACGGCGACCCCACCUCCUGGAUCCCAAGGGCUCCGGGGACCAGCGCCGAUCUCCCAAGGCCCACGGCCCCCUCGGGCAGCUGGCGAGAGCUCCAGGACGUCCUCAAGUCGGGGACGCUGUACCGGCUGACAGACCAGAACAACUGGCAGGCGUCCACGUUUGUGCUGAGCGGGACGCGCCUCCUGGCAUUUCGGCCCGGCGGGCCGGACGAGGCCCCGCUGCUGAGCUACGAUGUCGCCGCCUGCCUGGCCGUGCAGCCCGACCCCCUGGAUGACCGGGACUCCUGCUUCCAGGCCAUCUUCCCCCAGGAUGUCCUCCGCCUGCGGGCGGAGACGCGUCAGCAGGCGCACGAGUGGAUGGAGGCCUUGAAAGCCGCCGCCAACGCCGCCCGGGGCUCGGGUCCGGACUUCCGGGUGACGCUCCGGAACCGGCCCCGGGAGCAGCUGGACGGGCCCGGGCUGAGGAAGGGCAAGCGGGAGUCGGUGACCACCAGCUUCCUCAGCAUCCUGACCACGCUCUCUCUGGAACGAGGACUCACCGCCCAGAGCUUCAAAUGUGCCGGUUGUCAACGACCCAUCGGCCUGUCCUGUGGAAGAGCCAAGGUGUGCAGUUACAGUGGAUGGUAUUACUGCAACACUUGUCACGCGGACGACAGCUUCCUCAUCCCGGCCCGCAUAGUCCACAACUGGGACACUUCCAAGUAUAAGGUAUCGAAACAGGCCAAAGAGUUUCUGGAGUAUGUGUUUGAGGAGCCCCUGAUUGACGUCCAACAGGAGAACCCGAUGCUGUACAGACAUGUGGAACCUCUGGCCACCGUCGUCCGUCUGAGGCAACAGCUGAAAUCUCUCCGAGCCUACCUGUUCAGCUGUCGAGCCACCGUGGCUGAGGACCUACGCAGGCGAAUCUUCCCUAGAGAAUACCUCUUCCAGCAGAUCCAUCUGUACUCCCUUGCUGACCUACAACAGGUGAUAGAAGGAAAACUGGCUCCUUUCUUGGGGAAGGUCAUUAAAUUUGCCACCUCCCACGUGUAUAGCUGCAGCCUCUGUAGCCAAAAAGGAUUCAUCUGUGAGAUCUGUAACAACGGAGAGAUCCUCUACCCCUUUGAAGAUAUUUCUACAAGCAGGUGUGAGAGCUGCGGUGCCGUCUUCCACGCCGAGUGCAAGGUGAAAUCCGUCCCCUGCCCCCGGUGUGUCCGCCGAGAGCUGCAGAAGAAGCAGAAGUCCUUCUGGAGGAGGCUGAACAUGGACGAUGCUUUCGAGGAGUCCUGCAACAUGUUCGAGCUGUCCUACGCCAACACAUGACUGGCGGCCGGCCGAGGCGGCGGAGGGAGCCGCCCACUGAGCCGAUCGCUUUCGAAUUGCUUCUUAGCCAACCGGACGGAUGCUUUAGGAAGAGGACGUCUUGGGCUCGGCCGAUCUUGUCUGAAAGCCGGAGGGGCUUGAAAACCUCCAAGAGUCCAACACGUUUGAACGAGAUGCUCAGCUGCGCCGUCUAAAGCGAAAUGUUUACACACAGCUGCUUUUCAGCUCCUGGAUUUCUUUAGCCACCCUCCCUCCCCACCGUAGGCAGAAACAGUCCCUGCCGAUGGGGUCGUUUAUGCGGGUUUUUGUUUUCCUUUGGUGGAGAGUAGCUUUGCCACAGAACAUCUCUGUCACGAGGUGGGGGUCCCCAUCCUGGAAUUUCCUGGGCAGUUCCCCAAAUUCCAGGGCUCGCCCUAGGGUCUGCCGGGAUUCUUUCCCAUCCCACUUCCAGAUCAGCCUCUCCAGUCCCUCUUUCUGUGGCCUCGCCGGGUCCCCACCGAAGGGGCCGUCAACCCGAUGGCAUAUCCCAUUCGGUGGGGACUUGGACCCACUUGCUAGGCCUGCCAGCAGAGCGGGUCUUCUGCCUCGAGGCCUAGUGGGAAGAGCAGCAGGCACCUUUCUCAAAACAACAGCGAAGACUUUGUCACUGAGAAUAGAAGAGAUUUCCACGAAAAACUGUUUUCAGGUCUGUUUACUCAAGAGUAUCCCACAGGGACAGGGGCUCUCUAUCGUAAUGUAAUUUAGAGUCUUUUUCCGUGGGAAGUGCGGUUUUCAAAGUGCCUGGGUCUUCAAAGCAGGUGAAUUACUUAUAAUCAGAUUAGACCUGACCUGGGAGGAAGUAUCCGCGUUUUACUCCCCGCUGCAUCUAAUAGCCUGGCUAAUAAUGCGUUGCCCCAGGAACGUACGCUAUACAAAGACGAUUUCUUCCAGGAGAAUCGGCCACCCUGGCCACUUUCUCUGGGAUGUGCUUUCUCUCGAUGUCAGGCGAGGAAUGGUAGCCGCAAUCAGCCUCCACUUCGGUCAUCCGUCAGAGCAAAUCAAUUCCGCUUUCACGUUUGGGGAAGAGAAAAUUUGUGAACGAGCCUACUUCGCAGUAGAGAGAGUGAGAGCCUAGUCAAACAGCCUUAGUGCGGGAUUUUCCAAGAUGGGGAUGAAAAAACAACAAAGUUAGGGAUGCCAGCUAGCAGAGUAAAAGCUGUUUAUGAAAAUAAGGAGAAUAAAAUAAAUCGAUGAAGCACUUU